UAUUUUGAGGCCGCGGUGUGCGACAACGACGACGACGACGUGGGAGAUGGCUGCGGCGGCGGGCGGCGGAGGCGGAGCGAAGGCGGCGGUGGCGGAGCAGAUAGGACAGUCGGUGCAGUCCACCUCCAACCUCCUCCACCUCAUGGAGCAGUCCUCCCCUGCCCAGGUCCACUUGGCAAAACUUCCAAAGAAUCUCUUGGCAAAAGCAUCUGUUACAAAGAACACAGAGCAAGUGCUACAACAACUACCUAAUGUAAUUUCUUCCUUGGAUGCUUUUAUGGACAGUAGUCUACAAAGUGCUUCUCAAAUUAAGACUGUGACACAACUAUUGUCAAACAUGGAGAACACCCAACUCAGAUCUAUCUUGCCUGCCUCUCGGUUACAGAAAGAUGAAAAGAGUACCGAGCCUGGAGAACUCACGGUUGAAUGACAUGUUCAAUGAGGCUUAUGUCCCAGAUCUCACCCAAGACUAGGCUCAGCCACCUUUGCUGAAGGUCAGGAAAAACUGAAAAAGUAACUAAUGACUUAAGAUCCGCAAGAUUCAGGAAACUGUGCUGCAAUGCGCGAAGGACCAUUCUUGCUUACAAUGCUCCAAGAUCAACGGAGUGGACUUAGCAAUAGUUCUUUAUUUCAUUUCCAGCUUUACUAUGGUUUCUUUGAAAGGGUGAAACCAUUAGCUCUGUGGGCUGUGGUUUUGCAUGGCUGGAGCCCGGAGCCAACAAACCUGCUGUCGCUGCAAAUUAUGUUCAUUGGCUACAACUUAGGAGAAACCUUGGCGUUGUGUCCUUUUCAUUUAUAAAAGCAUAAUAAAAUAAAAGAUGAUAGAUGCUGUCUGAUCUUUGACCAUUUGUUUGGCAUGUUUUUAGAGAUUU